AUGCCCACCGGAGGAUCAACCAUGGACGAUCAAGGAAAUAUGUAUCUCAUGGAUUUAGAAAGACAAGCUGUUUGGCAGCAAAGUUCUAUUGAUGGAUCAUGGAAACUAAUUGUACAUGAUGAACGAAUUAUUUGGGGGGAUGCAUCUGAUAUUAGUGAAGAUGGAUUUCUCUACAUACCAAUGUCACAAAAUAAUCGAAUUCCGAGUUUCAACAACGGUACAAAUCAAGUUGAAAAACCUUUUCUUAUGUACAAAAUCCGAAUAAAUUCAGCUUCGAAUACCCAAAUCAUCUCGCUUGUCAUUCUCACUUUAUUUUGUUCGCCUCUUAGUUUUUUAAUGCAAUAA